AUGGCAUUCAGGAAAUGCGCAUUUCAGACAAAUGAAGCUCUAAAAUGGCUAAGGUUCUUGUUCAUGAAGUUUAAUCCUUCCUGCGAGGUUUCGGGAAUAGUUUGCUACUUGUUCCCAAGGGACAAGGCACAAGCUCAUAUGUUUUCUGAUCCUAACAUGGCCAUGAAGAAAAACCCUUUCGAUAAUUAUUCCUCAGACGCUCACUUUUGCAUGGUUCAACUUCUUCUUCUCUGGGAGAAUAGUGUGCUACAUGUUCCCCAAAGGACAAGGCACACGCUCAGAUUUUUUUCUGAUCCUAACAUGGCCCUUUCGAUGAUUAUCCCCCAGACACUCACUUUUGCAUGGGUCAACUUCUUCUUCUCUGGGUUUGUACUUCUUGAAAAAUGGACAUAUAAGGUUACAUUGAAUGGCAAAGAGCUGGAGUCCAUCGCAUAUGAAAAUCUGAAAUGUAUGAGAAACAACCACGAGAGCUACAUCUUCAAAUCUCUUAAGUUUAUCCCUUCUUCCGGAGUUUCGGAGAAUGGCAUUGACUUGAUCACUAUUGACGUUAGCUACGUGAGUAGUCGUUCGUGA